GUCUCGCGAAGAUAUUCCGGGAGUCAACAGGUGCGUAAGAGUGGGCCUCCUCUCUACUCGCCAAAAUCUUUUUCUUCUUCUUUAUACUCUUCGUUAGAAUUUUUCGUUCGUGUACCAUGAAGAUCUGAAGAACAAAUUUAAGGGAUUUUUCUUUUUUUUUUUUUUCAUCUUCAUUGGAAAUCGACGAUCGAACAAAAGACACUUGAGAAAUGGACAAAAUACAGAUAACAAUGUUCCUGACCCUGCUGAGUCUGGUGCUCUCCAGCUCCAGCAGCGCGGACCUUCCAAAGCCAAGUUACACCAGAGCGAUGCUAAAAGUCUCAAGAAGUCUUCCAGGUGAGACAGAAGAGUUAAAAGUGCGAACAAGCGAAGGAAACGUGGCUACUUUAAUCGUCAAAAGACGAGAGAAAAGCAGUGAUCAUUCCGAAGAUCCUCAAAGAACCAACCUUGAAGAAACAAAUAAGAACAUCACGUUAGACUCGUCCAGACCGACGAGGAACGAGUCAAAGACUAAAGAAGAGAUCAGAAAACUCGAAGACGCUCAAAUCGAGCAGCUCAGAGCAAAAUUAUCAGACUCUGAUAAUCAAAAAGGCUUCUCGAAGCCUGAGAACGUGUCUGUUAAUGAGAAAAUUAAUAUGACCAAAAAUGAUCAAUCUACAAAUGAAAAGAAUAUUGAUUAUGGUAACUGGACGCCUCUAGGCAUUGAUGGAAGAGCUGUGCAAUUGGAAGAAUCAACCACCGAGGAGUAUCAAAGCUGGAAACCGCUUCAGACUGACCUGAAGACGAGCACUGAAGAGCGAAUGAAUUAUGCAAGGUUCGAUUCCACUUUUCCAGCUGGUGGACUCUUAUUACCGCGACAUUUUCAAGACAGAUCGCAAAGGAAGUUACAGCUGAGCGAAGAAAGCGAGGAGAAGCGUUACGCGUUUCUACCUCAUCAGGUUCAAUCGACAAGGACGAAUAUCGGUGCGAAUUUAUCGAAGAAUAGGAACGCGAAGAACGUACCAGCGGAAGUGAUCGUUCGAUCCGAGAUAAAUGUGAAAUCCAGUCAGAAGAGAUCACCGAUGACCCUCGACAGGGAUGGGACACCUGUGAUCCAUGGGACGAGGGUACCUGAUGAACCUAUGGAUAAGAUUCAAACUUGGCGCAACGCGAGGGUGAUCAAUAAUAAAUUGAUCCCUGAUCGAUCGAGUGGUGAACAUUUCGAAGUGUCCAGCAACUUUUAUCCCACGGAGAACGCGGAUAGACAGAGGUUCGAGAGGUUCUUCAAGAACGUUAAUAGAAGGUAUGGCAAGGACAACGAGGAAGAAGGGAAAAAUGUAUUCUUCGAGUGGGACCCAAAGAUCUACAAGAACGAGGCCCUGAAGGCCGAAGUGUACGAACCAAGAAACGACAACUUCCGUUCCAGCACCCACAAAAGGAUGCUUCAUCCCGACGGAGUGACCGUGUACCCUGUGUCCCAACUCUACACCCCAGAAAGUCAAAAGAUCGCCCCGGUUGCUUUGAAACCAGGUGCCAGAGCACCUGUUCUCCAGUACGCCCAUCCAGAACUGGGUGUCCAACCAGCGAAGAUCCUGAAGAACGAGAAAAGACGACCAGAUAACUUCCCAGAGAACCAGUACUCCUUCACGGAACAGAGGCAGAAGAAGAAGUACGUCCUGAAUGACAAAAACAUAAUCGACACAUACACUACAAAGAACUACUACCCCAAUCAACAUUUCUACGGUCUGAAGAGACCAAACGACGCCCCAUUUUGGGUGAAGAUCUCAGAGAACCUGAAGAACCAAUUUUCCAGCGGUGUCGAAAGGGUCUCCCAGUUCACCAGGCCAGUGAUCGACCCACUGGUGGAAGCCACCCACAAGAUCUCCCAGAAUCUGGGCCUGUCCAAAGGCAAGGAAGCUCAGGACAAGCUGGACACCGUUGCAUCCGGAGGCAGCAUCCUGAUCCCGGCUCUGGGACUCGUGGCUUCCGGUGCUGCUCUUGGAAUCGGAGCCGUAGCAGUUGGAAGGUACCUGGACGUCGAUGUCCUGAAACGAUCGGGCGAAGGAUUGGCAACCGAAGUGAACUACCAGAGAUCCCUAAACGCUGAUCAGCCAUUUCUGAAGGGAUUAAUCGAUCAGGAAUCAGGAACGGUGUAUCUUCUGGAGAAGAUGGAGGAUCCAACUAUUUCGGAGCAAAAAGAUAACGUGAAAUCAAUAAAUAAUGAAGAUGGAGUGUUGAUGAUCGUCCAAGAUGAUCAGAAGAUGACAGAUGAGUCAGAAACUGGGCCCAAGGAUCAAAUAACGAAUAACGGAAGAAGAAAACGUAGUCUGGACUACUUGGACAUCUUCCAGGCAGAGGGUAACCUGAAGAAUUUAGUGAGAAACAAACGUUUACAGCGAAAGGGGCCGGAUUCGAUCAGUGAGAUCGUAGAAAUUGAUCUUCCAGCUCGUACAGAAGGACACAUUGACAUCACAGAGUUCCUUAUUCCGAAGAGAACCGCUCAGAAAGAAGGACACGAAGAGGAUAAGAAGAAUGUUGAUAUUAUGAUCGUAGAAGAUGACUCUAAGCCUUUUGAAUCGAUAAAGAAGUUGGCUACUGAUGGUGAUAAAAAUAAAUUAGACGUUGCAUCCAGGUCAACGGAGGAUGAAACGAAGAAUUCCGUGGAUGGGAAGAACGAAAGAAGAAAGAGGAGUCUGGAAAGCGAUCAGGAACUCGAAGAUGCUCUUCAGAAUUUAGAAAAUUCUGAAGUUGCUCAAGUGGCUCACACCGAUGGCGAUUGGACGAAUACACCAUGCGCGAAAAGAUUAUUCUGCGACGCCAUGAUUCAAAGGGGAUCGGACGCGGUUACGAUGAUGGAGAAGAAAAUGGCUGCUCUUCUGGGUCUGAUUCAGCCUGGAGCAGCUGCCCAGGUAUCCAGCCAUUUCCAACAAGUGAUGGAUGCGGUACGAAGACACGAUUGUUCCAACUUCCUGUGUCCCCAGGCCAGGCCAGGGAACGUCUUCUUCUAGAUUCAGAGCACUGAUCCUAAACGUGUGCUUCCUGCGAGGAAAGGGAACCGAUAUUCGCCAAAACUUUGUACAUAUUUGCCAGCAUAUUUAAUGCGAGAUUCAUUCGUAAUUUAAGAAACUAGGGUUAAGUAGAUGUUGAGAUGAAAAAUGAUUAAAUCAGGGUGUACCUACCCUGAAGGGUUGAAAAAGACAUGAAAA